AUGGACGACGAAAUUGUUGUGUUGUGGUGGUAUCUUAAUAGAAGGCAAAAUAAAAGAAAACAUUGGGUACACUCUAUUUUACGGGAAAGAUUUUCAUUCGGAACAUUUGAAACAUUAAUGGGUGAACUUAGAAGAGACGAAUCAAAGUUCUUCAAUUAUUUUCGAAUGACAGCAACCGCUUUUGACGAUUUACUGGGACGACUAGACAUGAGAGUACGAGAUACAAGUUUCAGAGAAUGUAUUUGCCCAGAACAAAGAUUAGCCAUAUGUCUAAGAUAUUUAGCUUCAGGAUGUUCUUUCAAAGAAAUACAUUACUCAUACAGAGUAGGCGUUUCGACAAUAAGUAAACUGAUAAAAGAAAUGACCCACGUCAUUUGGGAAAACCUAAAGACAGAUUUCCUUAAGCUGCCUGAUACUGAGAGAGAAUGGGAGGAUAUUGCUUCAGGAUUCGAAAGAAAAGCCAACUAUCCUCACUGUCUUGGAGCAAUACAGGAUAAACUAGUCCACUGCAGCUUACGAAUCGUGCCUAUACCACCGAUUGAACGACUAAUGGUGACUUUAAAAUUUCUUGCUACGGGUCGAACAUAUACAGAUUUGCAGUAUUCAUUUAGGAUGGGAAUGGCAACAAUCAGUAAGAUCGUGGACGAAGUGUGUAAAGUAAUAUAG